UUUAAAAGAAAAUAUUAGUACAUACUUUUGAAAGUACUAUUUUGUAGUACAACUUCAUCAACAGUCAACCAAAGUAUCCUCGCCUUGUUACAACAAGCACUGCUCUUCUGCACAAGGAUGGUAAUGGCGGCUUCUCAUCUCACCUCAGCAUUUUCUGGAUUCUCUCGGAGCUUACAAUGCCCACAGAGGCAGAGACGGUGUAAUAGGAAAACUGUUCAUCAGAAGAUAUCAGCCAGCAUUGAUCUGAAGCCUCCUCCGUAUGCACUGGAUGCUCUAGAACCACAUAUGAGCAAACAGACAUUCGAGUAUCAUUGGGGAAAGCACCACAGAGCUUAUGUCAACAACCUAAACAAGCAAAUUGAAGGAACUGAACUCGAUAAAAUGACAUUGGAAACCAUAAUUUUGUCUUCAUACAACAAAGGUGAUAUUCUUCCAACCUUCAACAAUGCUGCACAGAUAUGGAACCAUGAGUUUUUCUGGGAGUCUAUGAAACCUAAUGGAGGUGGAAAGCCUUCAGGAGAACUUUUGGAAUUGAUAAACAGAGAUUUUGGAUCGUUUGAAGGCCUAAUCAAUGAGUUGAAAUCAGCUGCUGCUACUCAGUUUGGUUCUGGUUGGGCUUGGCUUGUAUACAAAGAGGAUGAGAAGAAACUUGCUGUCGUGAAUAGCCCAAAUGCAAUUAAUCCUCUUGUUUUGGACUACCAUCCUCUUCUCACCAUUGAUGUUUGGGAGCAUGCAUACUACCUCGACUUUCAGAACCGUAGGCCUGAUUAUAUAUCGGUGUUCCUGGAUAAGCUUGUAUCAUGGGAAGCAGUGAGUUUGAGACUUGAAGCAGCCAAGAUUUUGGUGGCAGCGAAGGAAAAAGAGAUGGCUGCAAUUGAUGUAAAUAUACGCGAUAGAGGCCCGAGAGUUUUUUUUUGACAAUGAAUGAUAUUUGUAUUUGUAUCUGUAUCGUUAUUUAACUUGUGUCGAAGUAAUUGGUUUAUGAUGUCGUAUGGUAUGUAUGAUAUUUAUCGGAUUACAAAGAAAAUUUGAAAAAGUUAUCAAAUCGAAGGGGAUGCAGCCUACUUCUUAUUUA